AUGCAUACCCUAUUUACUACACUAGUCACCCUUUUGAUUCCCGCCGCCCUCGCAGCCCCUAGAAUCACCCAUCCCAACUCGGACAUCGAUAUCUCGGUGAUCCCUUCCGAAGUCCUCUACUACUAUCGAUUCCACCACAUCCCCCUUGACGUCUACAUCGACGGACUCAGAGAGGAAAUCCUGCUCAAUGAGACCCAAGAUGCAGUAAUCAACGCUAUAUCAAACGUAACAUGCGGUCCCAACGAAAUUGGUGUCUGCCCAUCCCCGCAAUGGUACUGCGAUCCGGAUGUCGGCAAAUGCCGACUCAAAAAGCUCAUCGGAGACGGCUGCCAGCGCGACGAUUCUUGCUUUUCUGGCAUCUGUCAUUCCAGAUGUAUCAAGCCUGAGCGUCAAUUCGGAGCUAAGUGCAUGGAUGAUACUCAUUGCAAUCCGGGACUGGUCUGUCGGUAUGGCUUGUACAAUCGGGAUCAUAGGCAGUGUCUCGACAAGAUGAAUAGGUUCUAUGGCGUCGCCUGCACUGAUAAUAGUGACUGUGAUACGCCGCUUGUCUGCAACGAGGUCACGGUGGGAGGAGCGAAGAAUAUUUGCAGUCUGCAGGAGGACCUUACUGGCGCUGUUACAUGCAUGGGAAAUGGUGAGUUCUGUGGAGCGGACAGUCAGUGUUGCUCAAACAAGUGCCAAGUGACGGCCACCAGCCGUAUGCCGCGAUGUAUGGCGUAA